UCAAAAUCUCACUCUCUCUCUCUCUCUCUCUCUCUCUCUCUAGAAAGAGAUCAUAUCAAGGAGGAGCAAGAACCGCGCCCAUCUUCUCGUUUCUUGACACAGAGACACAGAGAGAAGAAUGCAAGAUCCGGCAAAUGACUUGUUUCCACCACCCUCGUCUCCCACGGCAUCCUCGCUCUCUUCCUCUGAUCUCGACACCGAGUCCACAGGUUCUUUCUUCCAUGACCGGAGCACGACCCUGGGAACCCUAAUGGGCGUCAGCUUCCCCGCCAUCGCCUUCCGGAACCCGUCCCAGCACCGCGAGGCCCACCACCUCCAGGCAUCCUCGGCAGCCGCGGUCGCGGCCGCCUCCGCCGCCUCGCCCGGCGGCCGGAAGAGCAAGAAGCCCAAGAAGAAGAAGAAGGCGGCCGCGCCCGCGGCGGCCCUGGUGGCGGAGCGGCGGCGGAGGUGGUGGCGGCUCUGCCGGGACGACGGCGGGAAGCCGGCGUCCCUCGGGGAGUUCCUCGAGAUCGAGCGGCGGUUCGGGGACGGCGCGUUCUACGACGGCGCGCCGGAGUCGGCGUUCCACGGGAUCGUGAGCGGCGGCAACCAGCAGAGGGAGGGAAGGGUCCUCUUCGCCGACGGCCGGGUCCUGCCGCCGGCCGUGGACGUCGGCGACGGGACCCCGUCGGCCGGCGGCGGGGCUCUAUGCCGAUUUCCGGUGUCACUCACUGGGCUCUGUUCUUGAUUAUGAGAGAGAGACAUUCUUGUCGUCAUUAGUGAUUGAUCAUUCUUUGUAAGCUUGUCAUUUAGGAGUUGAUGAUCAUUAUAAAAAGCAUUAAUCUGGCUUCA